ACUUUACUCUUUCAUCUUAUAACUUUAAAAAUAUUAACAUUAAUAUAAUUUGGUUUUUAUGUCAUAAUAAAAUACAUAAUUCAUUCAAAAAGAGAAAAGCAAACUACAAAAUGGGAGCCAGAAACUCAACUCCGCAAACUGCCAACAUUGACAAUCCCAAAAGGGUUGUGCCCAUUGAAAUCACGGCUGAAGUAAUGACCAGAUUGGAAGCGAAAACAAAGCAACAGGAAAAACCCAUAGAGCUCAAUGAAUUUGAAGACCACAAAAAGGAACUAGAAUUUGGAAAAACACAGCGUCCAAAGGUACAAAGAGAAACUUCAAAUGAUUUUCGUCCUACAGGAAAAUAUCCACAUGAGCACAGCCAUUGGUUCGAGGAACAAACGGCAGACCGUCGUAGCAACUAUAAUGAGCAUGAGGAAUAUCAAUUUGAAAGGACCCUUAGCAUGUUAGAAAAUGUCCUUGGCAAACCUGUAGACAUUAUGUCCGAUAAUAAGCAAGAAAUUCAAGCUCUGCGCCGGGAUUUAAUUGAAUGCUAUAAAGAAUAUCCGGGAAAAACCUUAUAUUGUGCUGAUAUAGCUAAACGUUAUCAGGAUUUCAUAUUCCGUCAACAGUAUGAAAGAAUUUUAGAACAUGUGGAAUCGAAUGAAGAUUUUGCGGAACAGGCAAAACAGCCUCCACCACCUUUUGAACAUUUUCCACCAUAUUUCUAAUCAAUGUUAAUUUUAUUUGAGUUUGUUGAAUAAAUUUCAAAAAAUGUUAACUUCACAA